AUGACAAAAAAAUGUCCUGGGCAUGACAAAACUGUAUCCACGCUGCCUUGCGUGCUUUUGAGCAAAAGGCUAGGCCCACUGCUUAUAACUGGUGAUCUCAAUGGCCACGUUGGAGAGAAAACAGAUGGUUUUGACAACGUACAUGGCGGUUUUGGCUAUGGAGAACGGAAUGAAGAUGGCAACCGCAUCCUUGAGUUUGCUGAAAGUCACGGGUUUUGUUUACUGAACACAUAUUUUAGAAAGAGGUUGGAACAUCUCAUAAUAUACAAAAGUGGACCAUCAGCCACGCAAAUUGAUUUCUCCGCUGUCAAGCAAAAACACCGAAGGCUAUUCAAAAAUGUCAAAGUUAUACCUGGCGAAUCAUGUUUUGUGUUUCAACUCUUCAAAACAACGAAACACAACAAUGACAUCUUUGAAUGUCGGCGAGUUAGCUCAGUCGCUAAAAGUACCAUGUCUCGUGCAGUUACGCAAUGGCUUGGUUCGAAAACUGUCGGUCAUGAAACAUGCGUUGAUUUAUUAUUGGAACAUUAUGUGAAGAAUGUGUUAAUACCAAAUUUAUCAACAAUGGUAUCGACAUCAGACAGCAAAUUAAAGUGCUUUUUUGGCAACAAAUUUACACCCCUCCAUUGUUCUGCGUAA